GCAGCAGCAGCAGCAGCAGUUUCCCGGGCCCAGAGUGAGUGGCGCGAGCAGCAGCAGCAGCAGCAACAGCUCGAGCAGCAGCAGCAGCAGUUUCCCGGGCCCAGAGUGAGUGGCGCGAGCAGCAACAACAGCAACAGCUCGAGCAGCAGCAGCAGCAACAGCAACAGCGCGAGCAUCAGCAGUUCCCCGGGCCCGGAGUGAGUGGCGCGAGCAACAGCAGCAGCAACAGCAGCGGCGGCUCAAGCAGUUCCCCGGGAGUUGGCGGCAGAAGCAGCGGCGGCGCGAGCACCACCACCACCGUUACCGUCGACCCGCGAGCCGAGCAGAGAGAGAAGGAGGCGGCAAGAAGAAGAAGCAGCGGCGGCGGCGGCGGCGGCGGCGGCGGCGUCCCCGGGCGGCGUCCCCGCUGGAUCGGGACAAUAAUGAUUCACCAUGAACCAGAGGGAGCCCUUGAUUCAUCUGUUUGCUGGCGGCUGCGGGGGGACAGUGGGAGCCAUUUUAACCUGUCCUCUGGAAGUGGUGAAAACUAGACUGCAGUCAUCUGUUACAUUCUAUAUCCCAGAAGUUCAUCUCAGCACAAUAAAUGGAGCCCGCGUGGGUCCGGUGGCUCGUGUUUCCCCUGGCCCUCUGCAUUGCUUAAAGAUGAUUCUGGAAAAGGAAGGUCCCCGGUCUCUCUUCAGAGGGCUCGGACCUAAUCUGAUAGGUGUUGCGCCGUCCAGAGCUAUUUACUUUGCUGCUUACUCCAGUUCUAAGGAAAAAUUGAAUGCUGUCCUAGAACCAGACACGAGCCUGGUACACAUGCUCUCAGCUGGAGUAGCAGGCUUUACUGCUAUUACUGCUACCAAUCCCAUCUGGCUAAUAAAGACGCGCUUGCAACUGGAAGCACGAAGCCGAGGUGAAACGCAGAUGAGUGCUUUUGAAUGUGUGAGAAGAGUAUAUCGCUCUGAUGGUAUUAGAGGCUUCUAUAGAGGAAUGUCGGCUUCCUACGCAGGCAUUUCUGAGACUGUCAUUCAUUUUGUAAUUUAUGAAAGCAUAAAGCAAAGACUGAUGCAAUCCAAGACAUCUUCAAAUAUGGAUCCCGAGGAAGAUUCUGUAAAAUAUGCUUCUGACUUUAUAGCCUUGAUGCUAGCUGCUGCAACAUCUAAAACGUGUGCCACCAGUAUAGCAUAUCCACACGAGGUCAUAAGAACUAGACUACGAGAAGAAGGAACAAAAUACAGAUCGUUUUUUCAGACAUUUUCGUUAGUAAUAUCUGAAGAAGGCUACAGAUCACUUUAUCGUGGUCUCAUCACCCAUCUGGUCAGACAGAUACCAAACACUGCUAUCAUGAUGGCCACCUAUGAACUGGUGGUUUACCUUCUCGAUGGGUAAAGAAAAUGUUGAUUUAUUGUGAAAAACCUUGAAGACCAAAGGAUUUGACUGGACCAGAAACCCCAGAUUAAUGUAAUGCUGAGAAAGAUGGAUCAAUUGUGAAGAUUUAAGCUGCUGUUAAGACGAAGAAUGUCCAAUUUGUGAAAAGAACUUGCUCUGAUCAAGGAGCUGCCUGUAGUCAUGGCAAUGACAUAAGCUAGAAUCACCACAUAAUGGGGAACAUUUAACAAAUCUAAAUAUAUUAUCCUGUUAUCUUUCAAUAUAAUAUUUUUUUUAUCACUGUGCUUUCAAUUUUAAGAGAUGUCAAGUAUCUUUGUAAUAAAAAAUGUAUUUUCAGCUAUUUCACUUAACUGAUAAUACAAAACUCUUUUUAACAUGAACACUUUCCCAAUAAUCAUCCCAAUAAUAAACUAUUGUGUUGAAAUUUCGUAAAAAUUUUCAAAAUUAGCUCUUCCACAGAACAAUUUCUAAAAUGGAAACUUGCAAAGUGUUUUAAUUUCAUUCAUUAUUGAAGCCCGUCCUAGUCGUGUGUUUUGCAAUUAAUUUACAACAUUUUGAAUAAACCUAAAACUGCGUCAAGUGCAUACUAGCAUACGCACGUAAGAAUGUAUCUCGGAAAAAUUGUGUUCUUGUCUUUUUCCUACAUUAGAUGCUGCACAAUAACAUUGUUGCUCUAAAACCCAACAAUGCAGAAAUGUAAUUGAACUUGAUUUGCACCUUUUUUAAUGAAUUCCAAAUAUUUCUAUGAUUUCUUCACCUGCCAUGUAAGGUAUGAUUAAUGGAUGUAAAGCAAGAUAAUUAAGAUUGAUUUGUUUACUGUUCCCCUUAAACAGAAAAUGUGCAUAUACUUAUUGUGGGAUACAUCGGCUGUGUUAAGAAUUGCUUCAAAGAAACAUGUAUAAGUAUGAUCACAUUAUGCUUAUGUUUGUCCAAACAGCCUAUAGAUGCUUACAAAAAAGGAUGCUAAUGUUUGAAGAGGAAACAGAAAUAUGCAAUACUCCACUACGUGUUACAAAUCUGAAUUUUAUGCUGUAAUAAGUGGCUUUGUCUUGAACAUUUCUUCAAGCACUUUGUGGCCUUUAUACCUUGUGGGUUUUGUUUUCCCUGAUGGUUUCAAUUCUUAAAUCAUCAAAAUGGCUAAUAGAUCUUUCACAAGUCUGUUCAAUUAUAAUGGUUUCUGUUCAUGAAGUUUGUGCAUUUUGCAGUACCAAUUGCUUCUAGAUCCAUAACUGCGCUGUAAUAAUUUGUUUUGUUUCUAUCGCCGCAUAUUCUCAAGUAUUUGCAACUUUCAGUUUUUACAUUUGUUGAAUCCUGAUGAACAAAUUGUUAUAUCCAAAUUGUAUUUUGCCUUGUUUUUCCCUCUAAUUAUAUUAUGGAACUUGGAAAAAGUGCUAUGAUCUCCCCUUAUUUCCAUGUGCCACAACCUUGCUUACCCAAAUCGUCAUGCAUGUACCAGAUCCCGUUAAGUUGAGUAAACAGACACAAAACUUACCAUUUUAAUGGUUUAAGAAACUGAAAGAUGAUAAUCUGGCUACUUCAUAAAGAUAAUAGUUAGAUAAUGAUGGACGCGAGCACACAAUUUGUUUACAAUUAAGACAUUUUUCAGUGCAACUGAUGGAAGUCUGAAUGCAUUUGACAAGUUGUACCAGAGCAGAAUAACUUAAAAUAACUAGCAAGGCAGUAUUAAUGUGAAUUUAAAAUUUAGUUAUCUGCACCUGUUUGCAAUGGGGAAAAUAAAUGACCAUCCGGAAUCUCAAAUACACAAGGCUCCUGUUGAACUACCAUGCCUAGAGCAUUACUACUUUUACAUUUCUUCAUUCAUUUCUCAUAACCGAGUGUCAUAACCUGGUCUGCACUUGAUGACACGGCUUCAAUCUUGUUUUAAUUCUAUAGCAAUGCUUGUAAUUGUGAUCACCAAAAGCUACAGUAUAUCUAAAAUGAAUAUGCCGACUUAGACUGAUGCUUUGCAAAGACUGCUGUUCAAUUUCACAUCUAAAAUGUGUUUGAUCCUUUUGCUUAGUGCAUCUGUGGGUGCAAGUAAAGUAUGUACAUAUUCUGUACAAAAUCAUUAAGUCUUCGUGUGCUUUGGAUGCCUUUACAUUGCAAAAGAUUAAAAUUGAAUUAGAAAAUUCUAUCAUGGCUUUAUUGGUAUGCAUUGUACAUGGUAUUCGUGCAUGCCUUUUAUAAUACAGUAUACUAUCCUGUUGGUAAUGAAUUUAAACAGCUGCACAAAAAUGCAUUUAUAAGUUCACAUCCACAUGCCUCUCAUCCAAUGAUUUUUUUUCAGAUCCUCCAGAAUUUGUAAGGAAAAGGGAUUUGUAAGGUCCAGGGGGUUUGGAUUUAGUGACUUUUGGUGUUCACACAGUAUAAAGACUUCACCACGUGCAAGUGUUGAGUUUGAAUUGUAGUAGUUUUAUUUUAAUGAUGACCAAACUAAAAGGAUGCCAUGUCUGUUUACGGAUAAAUCUUUCUCUGUUUAGCUCAUUGGGCAAUUUUAAGAUUUCGUCCCAAUAGUUAUGAACUUAAAUGAAAUUCAUUGAACAAUAAGAGUAUCCCAAAUUAAAUCAGCAGGGUGAAAUGUUAUUUUGUAUUUUUCUCAGUUCAUCUGUGGAAGUUAAGAGGAUUGACAUGGGGGGAAAAAUAGUCCAUCUAUUCAAGUUCUGGUACAAUUCAACUCAAAACGUGAUCAUAGAAUGUAUUCGAAUAAUGCAGGUACAUAACCAGUAGGAAGGAAAAGACUGCCUGGUACAUUGAUUGGAAACAGUCCUAUUGCCAAUAAACUUAACUUUUUCAGUCUUUUUACUUUUUCUGCAUAAAAGCCAGUGGACCCGAGCAGUGUGCCCCCCUCACUCGUUUGAAAGAAGGUGACGCUUGCUGAAAUAGUUCUAAAAAUGCUGUGCCCCCUCGGUCUUGCUGAAGUGCCCACUUUUGUCUCUAUGUCAGUGAGUUUGUGUAUUGUGGUCUGUGGCACCACCUGAUGGCAAGAGUAUAGAAACAUAGAGGCAUAGAAAAUAUGUGCAGGAGUAGGCCAUUCGGCCCUUCGAUCCAGCACCACCAUUCAAUAUGAUCCUGGCUGAUCAUCCAAAAUCAGUACCCUGGUCCUGCUUUCUCAUCAUAUCUCUUGAUUUUGUUAAUGUAGUCCUGUCUUCAUCUGUGGUCUCCUUAUUUAUUUCUGAGAGGUCGGCAAUGGUCCCACCAUUAUGGUUGAGAAAGCCAGGAUUUGUUGAGUAUGAGCUUUCUUAGAAAUUGAAAACAUUUUCUCUAUGGGAUAAUUACUAAGACUUGGCACAAAACAAAAAAAAGAUUUAUGUUCUAAAUAAAUGUCUAUUUUUAAAAUAAAACUAACUGCAUAUAUGUUUUCAGUUGUCUCAAGAGGAUGAACAGAUUUUUUUUAACCCUCUAAUAACUUGUACUGAUCAAAUACUUAAAUGAAGAAUUUUGUCCUCGCUAUUUUAAAUAUUAAAACUUUGAAACAUGAAUUAAAUAGAUAUAUUAAUUGACCAAAGUUUUGUUUGUCAAGGAAUUUCUAACAUGGUGAAUGUUGUUAAGUGUAAAUUAGCAUUUCCAUUGUUUACUGACAUCUACCGUUUAAGCAAACAACUCAUUUGUCUUUUCCAUCUUAAAACAUGGAUUCCGAGCUUAUUUUCUUGAGUCAUUUCUAAAAAUGGUCAAAGUAAAGGCACAAGACAUGCAGAAGUGUGUACCUGCAUUUAUUUUAUUGUUUUACAAUGGUUUGACUCGAGUUGACUUAUUCAAGUGGUGAUGUAUAAAGUAGAUCUCUUGUUCAAUCAUACUUUUAAUCCACUUUUGGUCAAAUUAAGUUAAAAUCUACUAACUAUUCAAGUAGAAUCCCAAUUCUCAUAAACCUUUAAAUUGGCUCCAUUUGCUUUGAUUCUUUUUUUUUUUUUUUUUUUUUUUUUUUUUGGGGGCCAGUAACUGGAUUGAAUAUGGGCUGUAGUUGAAUGGUUCAUCAUAGGAAGGACAAGACUAUUUGGGGCCGAGUUCACUGAAGAAUAUUUCUAGUCAGCUAAUCAUAGCAGGGUGAUGGAUCAGUGUUUGUGUCAGUAACAAGGUUCCAACUGAAGAGGGCGUGGAGCAGGUGAACAAUGGGUUGGGUAUAGUAACAUUCGAACGAGGGAAAAUGAGUGGGGGGUGCAUAGUUUAAUAGACGAUGAGGAUCGAAGGCCACAGCUCAAGCACCAGCAGAAUCUUAGACAUAAAUUAAUAGUGCAUGUGAAUUAGUGCAUAUGGUUUGAAUCUUGAUUUUUCACAUGGUUGUAACAGGCUUUGGUCAUUCGGUAUCUAAUAUCGAAAUGGACACAAUGCAUCAAGUAACUAUAUGCAAUCCUUGAGCAAAAAAUUGAAUUGUUUACAGUUAAUUUUCAUGGUAAUACUUUGAGAGAUGUAUUUCUGGACGGUUCUGCUACAUUUAACAAUGUUUUGCAGUAGCAAACACUGGAUGUCUGAUCAUGUGAUUGUGGGCUAUAAACACUUCAGUGCAAUAUUAAAUGUCUAUUUACUGUAUUGGAAAAAAUAUCUUAAGUGACAUUUUUGUGGAGUGAAACAGCUGUUUUAAUUUCAAAACUGGGUUACUGUAUUCAUUAAAAUGGUUGUGAUGUGGACCUUCACAUUUGUCAAAAAUACGCAGUAAUAAACUAUUUUAAUAUAUAAAUAGCAUAUUGGCAGACAUUGGUGGAAACAAAGAGUUUGAUUUGGGCGUAUGUUGCAUUAGAAAUGAUUAAAAUAUAUCGUAAAUAUCGAUUGCUACAGUGGAAAUAUCUGGUACUCUAUUUGAGGGAACCACCUCACCUAAAAAUACCAUCUUUUAUGUUCAUAGAAUCCAUUUACAAAUGUGUGCACUUAAUACUUAUUCAGCAAAGGUUGGUUAAGUCAAAUGAAACCAUAACAUUUUAAUAACAGCCAUCACUCCUUGUCCACAUUCUCACCUUAUAUUUGGAUAUUUUUAAUUUUACGAUCAGUGAAUGUUUCCAUAUUGUGUUUGAUUUUACUACCAAAUUCAAAAACGGUAGGACGAUAGGAUCAGCUCUAAGCAAGAUUUGCCAUGUAGAAAAAUUCUGCUUGAGCUGUGUACUUUAGAUGAGAACAGAUUAUCUAAAAUCUAAUAUUUAUACUUUAUGUUUCUUAAACAAUUGAAUCUUGCAAACUGUGGUCCAUGUCCCAAUAUGUGCAGCUUUCACAUUUGUAUUAUGAACCCCAAUCAGUUCUCAAUUGCAUUUGUUUUUGGAGAGAGAAAAUAGAUUCCCAAACCCCUCCAUGCAAGUAUCGCAAACGUUGAUCGGUCAAGCUAUUACUCAUUACGCACAUCUUAACUUUGAUAGGCAGGAAACAUUUCAGUGAGAUAUAAUGGGGGGAAAAAAUUACUAAUUUGAUGCCAGGAUUUGGUACUACUGAACUGAUUUGCAACUAAUUUUCACUUUGCCUAUAUAGUUUUAGCAGUGAACUAUUUUUGUGUGUAUUUGUGAAUGUUGUAAGAUGUCAAUAAAAUUGAAAAUG